AGAUGAGAAUCUCCUAUAUAUACCACCCCACCUACAGUUUGACCUCAACACACAAAAACAUCUCAGAAACCCAGGAAAAUCGUAGCAGCAAAGCCAUGAGGCCGUCGCAAGCUCUCUCCCUUGUCACCCUCCUCCUACUCCUCGCCUCGUCCAGCGCUUCCGUCCUACAAGACACGUGCCGAAGCUUCGGCAGCGCUGACAUGUACACCAUCUGCAUCAAGUUCUUCAAGGCCAACAAGGAGAGCGCCUUGGCGAACAAGCGCGGCCUCGCCGUCAUCGCCACUGGGAUCGUCAGCGCGACGGCCGUGGCCACCCGCAAGCGCAUCGCCGCCCUGAUCACCGGGGACAAGGACCAGAAGAUCCAGGAGGAACUCACCUACUGCUACAUGCUGUACUCCCGAGCCGUGGGCCUGUUCGAGGAGGCAUCCAAGAGAAUCUGGUCGGGCAAGUCGGACGACGCCGUGAAGAGCCUCGACUCCGCGAUGAACAUCCCCCGAGGCUGCGACGACGAGUUCCGUAAGGCGGGCAUCAAGUCGCCGUUGGACGCCGAGAACGCCGAGUUUGAGAUGGAGUGUGCCAUCACUAAGGCUGUAACGCAGCUGCUGCCUGUUGUAUAGUUUGCUAGCCGCCGAGGGUAUGUAUCUGGGUAACAACAGCGAGUCCAUAGCCAUUUCCCUGAGCAAACUCCUCGAAAUUAAUAAGCCCACAAUGUUAUCA